AUGCUCACUGCGCCAUCGAGCUCUUCUGUCGACCUCACGCCGGCCGGACUACCCGCUCGACCCCAGAUAUCGAAGUUAGCAAAGUCCUUCGCUAAUGCGAUUACUACGCAACGACUCAGCGACUUCCUACUAUGGUUCCUGUAUUAUGAUGUUGUAGACCUCCCAGCGUCGCCGGAGACAUGGUACGCGCCGCUCACCACCACCGAUACGCGUGGCUGGAUCGUACUCGGCACUUUCUUGUCACACACACAAGCCAUAGGUACUGAGUACGGACUCGACCUCGUAGUCCUCGACAGCAUUUGCGACCGCCUGCAUCUCCACCGGCCCCUCGUGCACGAGAUUUUCGUCAGAUUCUCCUCUCCGAAGAAGAUGGCAUUCGGCAUCCUGGCCACAACGAUUCGGCGCGCAGAGCAGGCCCGCAUGGCGAAACUGCCGAUGUUGGUUGAGGUGCAGGCUAAGCUAAAUGCUGCAAGUCAACUCGUUGGAAGGCUGGAGCCCACGCCGGAUAGCCAGUUUGAGGUCUGGCAGGCAGCCAUUCAGAGGCGUGUCAGGGGGUUAUUGCAUCUUGUCAUUGGGCCAAGGAUUGCGCAGGUCAAAGAAGGGAAGCCGCUGCUUACCGCUGCAACAAGCGGUCAGCUCCCUAAAGAGGCCAAGGAUGGUAUCAAGCUGAACUACCUGUUCGAGGUCGUGCAGUUGGAGAGGGGGGUGCCUAUGGACAGGUACGGCGUCAUU